GGACGGGGAUAUCGGCGCGCUGGGCUCACUGUUCAGCAGGCCAUUUCCUCCUCUCCGCGCCUCGGUUUCCUCGUUGGUGAAACGGGCAUGGAGAAGGCGCCGCGUCCUCGGGACCGCCUUGAGGACGACGCGGGGAAUCCACGUCAGGACGCUGGUGUUAUGCACCCCGACCGGCCGGGGGACCCGUGGACGGGCACCCCUCGGAGCCCAGCGCGUGCACGCCCAGGCUGGGAAGGCGGCGCGCGCGACCGAACGGUCUCGCAGGAGGAGCGGCAGGCGGCUGAGAAGUCAACGCGUCAACAUCGCGCUUGUAGCAGUUGUGUUGCUAGUGGUCCCGGGUCCCGACUCAGCCCGCGCGCUGGACGCCGGGUUCCGCGCGCUGGGGCAGCAGAGGCGGCCCCGGGGGCGGGCCGGGGCGGGGCGCGCGGUUUAUAUUCUCGCGCGCGGGCCGCCAGCUGCACACAAUACGCCUCCCGGCUGGAGCGCUCCGGGCACCGCCACCACCGCCACCGCCAGCGCCGACGCGAGGGAAGAAAUGUCGCAAGCGGGACCCCUCUCCAGGAACCUCAUUUUGUGCACCUUCCUGCAGGAGCACAGCCUGCAGCCCGUGGAGGUCGCCGACACCGCCAGCCUCCUCCACUUCAGCCCGGAGCCCCUGGGGGACAUCCCUCACGAGAUGGCCAUGCGGCUGGCCUCCAUCGGGGAUGAGCUGGAGCUGAGGUGGAUGCUGCCUCGCGUCGCCCAGAUGCCCUGGAUGGCCAUGUACAGCUUAGCUUUCACCUACAACCAGACGGGCCUGAGGGGCGUUCUGAGAAGUUUCAUGGGUGGCCUCACCAACCUCAGGGGAAACAGAAGGUUCUGGAGCUUCCUGACCCUCAGGGACAGGGUGUCCCCCGGCCUGGGGCGCAGGCUGUCCCUGCUGCUGCUGCUGGCGCUGCUGCUCGACUGGGGCCUCCACGUCCUCCAGUGAGGCGCUGCGGGCGGCGCCGGGGCGGGGCUGGCCCCGCCCCCCGACUGCCACCCUGGAGGUGGCCUUGUUGGCUUUGUUGUCUUUUUAACUUUCUUAUGAUCCCUUUUUUAUAUUUAAAUUCUGAGUGCUGGGACACUCCUGAGGUUUCAUAUUUGUGUUUUUGUUUGUUUGUUUGUUUUUGUAAGAGAAAUGAAUUACGCCCUCAGGGGUCUUUAUGGUUACCUGCUCCCCCGGCCCCAGCCCGCCCCUGCGGCGGCCUGUCCCGGAAGGAGCCUGCCUCAUGGGCGGGGCCUGUAGCGGGAGAUGGGGGGAGUGCUGGCCACGCCCCCAUGUCUGCAAGGCCCGCAGCACAGAGAAUCUGCUGGAGUAGGUUUCUGAGGGUGAGGAGAGCGCAAUAAACUGUUGAUUUCCGUC